AUUUAGUCACCGGUGUUGUUUUCGAGAAAACGAGCAACAAACGUUCUUUCUCUUUCUUUCGAUAAUUUGUAUUAUUCAAAACUUUGCACUGAACGUCAAUGAAAUUCUGAUAGUCGUUUCAGGUGCCGUAAUUUAAAACUUGUCUAGUUUGGUUUUUAGCAUUUGACAUUAGAGUAUGUAGGAAGAAAAAUGACGAAUCAAGUCAGUUUCAUAAACAAUUAAUUAUUAAUAAUAUUUUACUGUUGAGUGCUAUCACAAUUUACCAAGAGUUUAGACAUAUUUGAUAACAAACAAGUACAAUGUUUCCAUUCAUUGGUGAGGCCACAGGAAUGAUUGAGGAGUCUGAGACGGACGAAUUUAAAGACCAUUUCAAAAAGAACAACAGAAUUCGAGAGUACACGGUUCAUUCGUCUAAAAUCCACACAGUGGCAUGGAAUUGCGAGGGCCGAAAAUUAGCUUCUGGCUCCUUUGAUAAAACGGUUGCAAUGUUCACUCUUGACAAGGACAAAUUGAAAACCGAUCACGUUUUCAAAGGGCACACAGACUCUGUUGACCAACUUUGUUGGCAUCCUCAACAUCCCGAUCUUCUUGGAUCUGCUAGUGGUGACAAAAGUGUAAGGAUUUGGGACGCUCGGAGUCAAAAAUGCAUUGAAACUUUCUCGACCAAAGGUGAAAACAUUAACAUUACUUGGAGCCCAGAUGGGAACAAUGUUGCUGUCGGAAAUAAGGAAGAUUUGCUUACAUUUAUUGAUCUCAAGGCAGGAAAAAUAUUUCAUGAACAGCAAUUCAAGUUUGAGGUAAAUGAGAUUGCAUGGAGUCCCGAAGGAAGUCUAUUUUUCAUUACUAACGGACAAGGGUGCAUUUGCAUUCAGGAAUUUCCUUCCAUGAAGGAGGAACAUGUGAUUCAAGCUCAUCCUGCCAACUGCAUCUGCAUCAAGUUUCACCCAAAUGGUCACCAAUUCGCUGUCGGCGCUGCAGAUGCUGUAGUCUCCUUGUGGGAUCUCAAAGAACUUGCCUGUAUCAGGACUUUCACUAAUUUGGAUUGGCCAGUACGUGCCAUCAGUUUCAGUUGGGAUGGUAAGCUUAUCGCGUCAGGGUCCGAAGAUUUGAAUAUUGACAUCUCACAUGUGGAAACGGGAGAAAAGAUCUUCGAAGUCCCAGUGGAAACGCCUACGUUUACCGUAGCUUGGAAUCCUAAGCGAGACGUCCUUGCUUAUGCCUGCGAUGACAAAGACAAAUAUGAGAGGGAUAGGGAUACGGGGUCUCUAAAGCUUUUUGGUUUACCUGUCGAUUUGGCUGAUGUUAUUGACAUCACUGUUUUAUAAAUUUCUGACUGGUUUUGUUCACUCCAAUUACUUACAAUUAUAUCACGAAAUAGCAAAAAAUGGGUUUGCGCAUAAUGCACCUUCAACGACGAUAAAAUAAAAUGAUAUGAUAAUGGUAAAAGUUUGUUAUACUUUGACUUUGUUAUGUUUACAAUAAGGUCUACCGUCUAAUAAAUACUUGUAACCUAA